CCCUAUAGCGCUCAACUUGUACUGGUAGUGGUAUCUACCAACGCGUCAGCUGAAAGGAUGAAAUGAGCAUUUGUGCAAGUGUCACAGGAUGGCCGGACCGCUGCCAAAUGUCGACUAUAUGCUUACACUGGGGCCAAGCAUUGCGCCUGAGCCUGGCGAUGCUCCUGUAGAGACUGUCUUCGCUGGAUUGCGCUACGAUUUUCGGCCAGCAAGUGCGGACACCGAGCAACCUGGAGUGCUUUUGCUUGGCAAAGACAAUAGGGUGUCACUCUAUCUAGCCAACUCAGCCACGUGUGAAUGGGAUGUGCUCCUGUCCGGCAAAUACGAAGCGUAUACUGGCAGUGGAGGCGCUCACGGCAGCGCCAGUGCAGCCCGGGAUAGCCUGGACUGCGUGGCGCUGUUCGAUCCCACCACAGGCACCUUCCGGUUGGAGACGCUGCUUGGCCAGUACAACACCAAGCACGCUCGUGACGCGGCGCCCUACCGAGCGCCAGCGGAGGACAAUCUUGACAACUCGCCACCCGGCACGACCUCCGGCUCGGGCGGCGGCGGCGGCCCCUCCACCUCACCCACCAGCGGGCACCUGUACCACGCGUACCAGCAGGGGCAGCCCCCGCUGCGGAGAAGCGACAGCCCGAAGGCCGCCUCGCCGAUAGGCAGCGGCGCCGGGGGCUCGCCGGAAGACGCCGGCGCAGGCAAUGUGCACGUGGCGGGCGGGGCUGGCAGCGGCCGACAUGACCGGUACGGCAGCAGUGGCAGCGCAGGAGCUGGAGGGUCGGGUGCCAGCCGGCCUCCGCGGCCGCCCGCAAGCGGCUCGGGGGUUAGCAGAGAGGGCAGCGCCGGAGGAAAGAAGCGGCAGCGGGAGGCAGGCGGGGGGGCAGGGCCCGUGCCAGGUUCGGGCGGCGGUGGCAGUGGACACUCGCCGACAGGGGGUCCCGCGCGAAAAGCCAGCCGACUGUCAAAGUCGUCAGGGCCGGAGGCAGGGAAAGGCGGCAAAGCGGGGCGCCAGGCAGCAGGUACAACGCCCAAGGGCACACCACCGCCGGCGGCUGCCAAGGCGGCGCAUGCAGCAGGCGGCGCGCAGGGAUCAGGCAGCGGUUACGCUCGCGGCGCGGCGAAGGCGGCCAGUGUCAAGCAGGCAGAGCCGCCUGCGCCGGCCCCUGCCGCCCCGCCGCCUGCUGCGACUCCGGCCGAGGAGGACGUGGACGCGGAGCUGCUUGAUGCCUUUGACAUGUUCGAUGAAGACCUGGGUGGAGCGGGUGGAGAUGCAGGCGACGAGGCAGAAGCCAACGGCGGCGAGCCCGCUGCAGCAGUGCAUGUGCCUGCGGCUGUUGAACUGGCAGCCGCGGCGCCGCCAGCGGAAAUGGCGGUGACGCCGACGCUGGAGGAGGAGAUGGAUGAGGAGCCGGCGCCAGCCAGCCCGCCGCGGGCUAGGCUCGUGGUGGAGGCAAUGGACGAUGACGACGGGUAUGGGUACGGCGCGGAGGAGGAGGACGGCCUGGGUAUAGAGUACUUUUAGGGCAGGCACGCAUUCCUUCGUUGUGUUGAAUGCCGGCCGCAUUCCUUUGUUGUCCACUCAAGUGGCUGAAACAAUGCAGUGAUAGUGCAGUAGUUAUGGCUUACAGUACAAUGAUCUAUGUGUGAUUUUGCUUGAUCGAGUCGACAUACGCGGACUUGACCCUCUGAAGGGAGUACGGUCACGGAGGCGACCCAACCGUGGUGUUUUGAUGCUUGGCACGGGCUGGGGUUGAUCAGUGUGGGUUUGCGGUGCGUUGUGGAUGCAUGCGGCCCCAAUCUUCAGGGCUGAAGCCGCGACGCAAGGCACAGGUGGCUGCUAGUUGACAACAGCAAUAGCUUUGAAGAUGGGCCGGGUCAGGUUGGAGGAACGUGUGGUGGAUAUGGCUACAACCGGUUGGGGGAAGGGUCUCAGCCGGCGUGCCUUGCUCUCCGAUGAGCGUACAUUCUGCACGAAUGGAUUCGACGAGGUCACCGAGACACGCUCGUCAUUAUCAACUAUACUAUGUGAAGACCCGAUAAGACUGGAAAUUGUUGAUCGCUAGUAUUUUU